AUGCGGAUGUGCUCGCCCUUCUUGAUGGUGAGGCAUAUGUCCUUGUACUUCUCCUCCAGCGCCCAGUCCUGGUAUGACGUGCGGACUCGGUUGACGUCGCCGUCUGGGUGGUCCAGCUUUGUCAUGAAGAACAUGGUGACGGGGAAGUUGCCUUCGUCUUUAGCCUAUGGCGGCGCGUGCGGGGUGCAGCGGUUGUUGUUGUCGUUGGUGCUGCCCGCCGCCGUGCCACUUGCUGGUAGUUGGUCAUUGUCCAUGGCCUGGGUCAUGGCGACGGCCUGGAUGCUGGCACUCGUGGGCGGUGCCUCCUUCGGCUGCGGUGGUGGCAGUCGUAUCGCCGGUGCGGUUGGCGUGGCUGCAUACGUGUCGUCUGCCGUGGUGGAUCUUGGCGACUUGCUGCGUGUGGUGAUGGGCGGCGCCUUGUGCCUCGGCGGCCACGCGUGGUCUGUAGUGGUGGUCUGCACUGUCGGCGGGCUCAGUCUGCUGCGCUUCAACCCUGUGAGGCGCUUCCACUGGCGUUCCGAUAGGGCAUCCCUCGGGAUCGCGGACAUCCAGUACUGGGCCGCGGGCCGCGACUGCUGCGAGGGCGGCGAGCACUUCACCUGCGGCGACGCUGGCCGGGACGACGCGCGGGCCGGCCUGGUGCUUCGCAACCGCACGCUGGAGUUCUAUUCGGCGUUCGUGACGCCCGAGGUUGACCUCUACGCCGAGGCAGCGGGCCACGCCAAGGUAAAGUUCAACAUCAUCUCUACCGAGGAGCAGCCCAUAUUUGUGCGCUGGGUGUGGGACCUCGACGCGGGCCGCGUGGACCGACCAAUCACAAAGGGAAGACGAGCCAGCAGAUAUGAGCAAGGGGGGAAACGAAGGUUCAUGGUCGCCCAGUUUCCACGCUCUCCACCCCAAUAUUCGGUACUUUCUAUUGGACGGUCACGCCCACAAGCACAAUUACAUAGUACCUGUGGGUCGCGCGAUUGCCGAAAACUAUUACUGCAAUGGCUUACGGCAUGUUCGUACAUAGGAGGAGCGGCGUGGCAUGGCUUGAUAGCGCGAUUCCCCUCGACGUGGUCGCCUAAUUGGCCCGUGUCUGGCAUGGUCAAUAAGGUGAUCGGUCGCGUGGUCAAAAGAAGAUUGGUUAUUAUGCUGCUUGGCGGCACUGUAAGCCAGACAACGUAUGUGCCCAGUGCGUCAGUGAUUGAUGGCGUCGUGCACAUUGCGCCGCAGCGCUAUGGCAAAUGUUCUACCAGGGGCAUCGGUGGGAACCAGCACGUUUCAACGACAUGUCUGGCACGCUCAUGGACAGGAUAAUUUUGCGAGUGGAAUUUACGCAGUCGGUCCGAAGACUGCUGAUGCCGUUUAUCAGAAAACCAUGUGCGAUUUGUUCAGGGAACUCUGUUUCUUUCACGGACCUAACUACAAACGUCUCACGUGCUGAUUCUAAGACAGGAUAUUGGGUGUAGUGAUUGCACAACUUAAUUUUUCGCGCCUGUCUAGACCUUGGCCGCGGUGAUUAUUUGAUUAGAUGACUGGUUGUCCUCGUGUGUUAGUCCCCAUCG